AUCAUGAUUUGAUUGAUCUAUCUCGUGAUAUAAACCAGGAAAAUAAGUUUCUAGAGUUCACCUGCCUGCCGGUUAUGUGUAUAUGGCGCUUGAUCUCCAUUCCAUCAACACCAUGACGCCGUUAGAUGAAUAUGAGUCAUCAUGCGAGGCUCUGUUCCUUGGGGAGUCCCUCGGGGGAUGGCGCGCGGCUUGCCACUCCCACACAAAUAGUCGAUCUACCGCUUGUUUGAUUGGUUCGGUGGAUAUUUUGAGCCAAUCUAUAGAGCUUCAACCUCGGGACACUCGUAGCUUAAAAUACCAGCAUCUUGAUGCUACGCUACGAGAAAAUAAGAACAAUACAAUUCAACAUGCGCCUAUAUGGCUAGAGGAGCAUGGGGACGUUCUCAUUCCGCCCGUGGCUAGAGUGUCUUCUCCAAGCCCGGUCCCUUCCCUAGACUUCUCUCUAACAGAUAGCGAAUCCAGUACUAUUGACGACGAUCUAGACGAUAUAGAGGAAAAAGACGACACUUUUCAGUGGUGUCGACUCGCCUAUAACCAUGACGUGGUGCCCAGAUGUAGCUCUACUACCGCGUUGGACCAAUGGUCAAAAUUUGAAAGCCGAAUUGGUUUCCGCGAGGUUGGAAAUAAUGGGUUACAGGACACAGAAGGCAACGAUCAGGGGAUGUCUAUCACGCAUAACCCUGAGAAUAGGAGUGCCCAGACACAUACAAAGCGGCGUAGGGAACUAAGCGAUAUAAAUGAAAAUUCCGACGAAGGAAGCCUCUCUGCAUCUAAAAGGGCUCUUUCUUCACGUAAGGAUUCACGCCUGCGAUACGCCUGCCCUUUCUCUAAGUUCGAUGCAACUCGUUAUCUAUCUUGCUCGCAGUACGAACUUCAUAGGGUAGGCGAUGUAAGGCAACACAUAGUCAGAAAGCAUAGUGGCCCAAUACACUGCCCUCGAUGUGGUAUGAUAUUUGACAGAGAUUUAAAACGGGAUGAGCAUAUAAGACAUGAUGCUUGCGAGAUAAAGGAUUUCCUUGAUAUCGAAGGCUUAACGACGGACCAACUUACGAGAGUAAGGGAUGCGGCGAUGAUAAACUCCUGGUCUAGUGAGGAAAAAUGGUACCAAAUAUGGGAUACCUUAUUUCCCGGUGCUUCUCGCCCUGCCUCUCCAUAUUAUGACGGCGGGAUGCUGGUGCCUUUAGGAGUUAUAGAGAGCCACAUGACGACUACACUCCCUGCAAUUAUUGGUCAGAGCCUGAUUUCUAAGAUGAGUAUCCCACGGAGUACUCUAGACACAUGUUUGCAUGAGGCAGUUAAAGAAUCCUUUGCUCAAUUUAAAGAUGCGUUUCAGCCAGCGCCAAAUUCUCCUGCAGCAGGAGAAACUAAACUUGCUUUAAACGGACCGGUUGCCACAGAAGCUUCUUUACCAUACAUUACAAGUAAUCCAUGGCCUAACGACACUUUCUCCAACACGCUCGCUGAAAGGUCUCCAUUGACUGAAGCACCGCAAAUAGAAAUAUCCCCGCAGACGACCCCCAAUUAUGACCCUAAUUCCACUAGGGAAUCGCAUAGUCAUGUUCUCGAUACCACGCAGCCGACACCAAUUGAGUUUCCAAACCAUAGGCGCCAACACUCUGAUCCUCAGACGAGUGUAUAUACGUCAACACAAGGCCGAAGACCUCUCUCUAAUGAGAGGUGGGAAGCAUACAAAGAUAAAAUACACCAGCUAUAUAUAAACGAAAAUAAAACGCUCCAGGAACUUAUGGUGAUCAUGAAGGAGAACCAUGGCUUCGACGCUUCGGCUAAAAUGUACAAGACGCAAUUCAAAAGAUGGGAAUUUACUAAGUAUAACAAAUCUCAUCUACGCGAAAGUCCCCAGCCAGCAAAAGAAGCAUAGACCCAAGCGUCCACGGGCUUACAUGUUCGUCAACAGAGACUCUAACCACCACUGAGGAUUCCUAGGACACUAACAUGGUAGAAAUUGUUCAGUGGUCAAAGUCGGUUUUCCGCAGGCAUGAAACAUGAUGGUAAAGCUGCCUCGCAAGCUUAGAAUGUCUUAUACUUUAGAUACCUACCCAUAGUAUUAAUAUUGAACUGGUGUGGUGCCACAUCGCCAAGAGCAAGGGUAUUAUUAUGUAAUCUUAGGUCACAGGCCAUAUAAAGGCCUAAUAUUCGUCGUAUUCUUCUGAUCAGAUAGCCACGAUCAUUAUCAUUCAGUUAUGCAUUU